UUAUAUCAAAAUAAAAUUUGUUCACUCCUCUCUCCAUAUAUAUAUAUAUGUGUGUGUGUGAGGUUCUGUGUAUGUGGGAUUGUUAUUGGUUAAUGUUUGUUCUUUACUAACAUAGAGACUCAAAUGCCGUAGUUAUAUACUUCUCUAUUUCUUUCGUAUCAUUACUAAUUCCUUGUGUUUAAGUGAAACAUCUUGCUCUAGUUCCGAGCUUCUUGCUCUCCGUUUUCUCAUCCAUUGAGCAAGACCCAAAAAGAAAUCAAACCCACGUUUCAUAAAGUGGAUUACAUAAGAUAAACUCUCUCAAAAUCACAGCCUAAUCUCUACACUCACAGAGGGAGCCCGUGUUCCCGAGCUCUAUUCCAUGUCAAGAAAAGUGAUUUCUCUUUCAAAAUUAGACACCGUCUUCAGUACUUUUCUUCUUUUUCAUGAAGUAGUAUACUCUCCAAGGUUUGAAAAAAAGUAAGUUUCAUUCUGUUUGCAAACUGAAACCUUUUCCUUUCGCUCUUUCUCACUAGCUGCAUAUGGCAUACAUGAAAGAAGUUGAAGGUAAACGAGUCCAUGAUCCUCUGCACGAGAAGAUGGCUAAAACAAGGUGUAAAUUGGUGCGAGGACCAGUCAUAGUUGGGGCUGGACCUUCGGGUUUAGCUGCAGCUGCUUGUCUUAAACAAAGAGAAGUUCCAAGCUUAAUCCUUGAACGAGCUGAUUGCAUAGCUUCCACAUGGCAACACAGGGCCUAUGACCGUCUUCGUCUUCACCUUCCAAAGCAAUUCUGUGAGCUCCCACUCAUGAAAUUCCCUAAGAAUUUCCCCACUUAUCCAACAAAAGAAGAUUUUGUUUCCUAUUUACAAGACUACGCCGACCAUUUUGACAUACAACCCGUGUUUAACAAAACUGUGGUGAGCGCAGAGUUUGAUCAAAUAUGUGGGUUUUGGAGGGUUACGACCACUGGCUCGGAAAAGGAAGUGACAGAAUAUGUGUGCCAAUGGCUAAUAGUUGCAACAGGAGAGAAUGCUGAGGAGGUUGUGCCACAAUUUGAAGGAAUGAAUCAAUUCGAUGGGACUAUUGCACACACCAGCGUGUAUAAGAGCGGUGAAAAGUAUAGUGGAAAGAGUGUUUUGGUGGUCGGAUGUGGGAAUUCAGGCAUGGAGGUCUGCUUGGAUCUCUGCGGCAAUAAUGCUCGCCCGUCCCUCGUAGUCAGAGAUUCGGUGCAUGUGUUGCCCCAACAGAUGCUAGGAACAUCAACUUUUGGAUUGUCCAUGUGGUUGCUCAACUGGCUUCCCACGCGUCUUGUGGAUCAUUUCUUACUCCUAAUGUCACGUUUGAUGCUUGGUGACACUUCUCGAUUUGGACUAAAUCGCCCUGAGAUUGGUCCUCUUGAGCUCAAGAGCAAGUCUGGCAAGACACCCGUAUUGGAUGUUGGAACCCUCGCUAAGAUCAGAACUGGGAAUAUCAAGGUAUGCAAGGCAGUAAAGCGACUAACACGCCAUGCUGUGGAGUUUGUGGAUGGCAAAGUGGAAAGUUUCGAUGCCAUCAUUUUAGCUACGGGUUACAAAAGUAACGUACCUUCUUGGUUAAAGGAGAGUGAUAUGUUUUCCAACAAAGAUGGGUUGCCUCGAAAACCAUUUCCCAAUGGAUGGAAGGGCGAAGGUGGGCUGUACUCCGUGGGCUUUACCAAACGUGGCCUGCUGGGCACGUCUUUCGAUGCAAGGAAAAUUGCAGAAGAUAUAGAACCUCUUUGGAAGAGAAGUCUUAUAAACUCAAAAAAAAUAACAUUUGCUAGUGUGAUAGAUUGUUUGUGGUAAGUAAAAAAGUGAUGUUAGUGAUGAACUCAAACAAUCUGUUACACUAGCAAAUGCUAUAUUUUUUUGAGUUUAUAAGACUUCUCUUCCAAAGAGUAGGCAAGUGAUGUCAGUAAUGAAUUCAAAUGAAAACCAGUAAAAACUUGCCUACUCAACUGAUGUGAAAAUUGUUUUGAAAUUAUUUAUGUAUGUAACAUUACUCUCUUUCUCUGUGGAAAGCUGAGACCACCUAGCUUAUGGCAUUCACCCGUGCAUGACUGCCACAAUUAUGAACUGAAAAGGAGACAUACUAACAAGGUUACACUUAUGGACUUCCAUGGAGCGCUCAACACAAUGUUUGUGCUAAGAAAGUUCCCCAUUUUUUUAAAGGAAUUAUCAAGGAAGGGGAAAAAUUUUAGUAGGAUAUAUGUGAAUUCUAACUUUCCAAUUACAAUACACCUUGGAAAGUUGGGACAAGAAGGGGUGGGGAAAAAUUCAUGGUUUCAAUGGGGUAUAUAUGUACAUUAUCAUUUUUCUUUACUUAGGUAAAUUUUUGAGAGAUGGAGUGGGGUGUUUUACAAUUUCAGUAAACUUUUAGUGUUGCGGGUUAUAAACUAUAUUAUUUCAAUUGGAUUUGUGGUUAGUGUAUAGUAAAUAAGUUGUUUCUAUCAAUUGUACCUUGUAUUAUUGGUUCUCCAA